AUGCCACUGAGAAUUUCGCCAGGCGUACAUGAGACGGACGUGCUACCCAAAUAUUAUUACAGAGAUGAUUGUAUUAAAUUAUACGACUGUAUUCAUCACUAUGCAUCUAGCUACAUAGAUCUCUACUAUGUCAAUGAACAAGAUGUCACUGACGACGAUGAGUUACAGAACUGGGUAGAGUGUAUUUCGAAGGAGGCCAUACAUGGUGGCAUCGGUCUAAAGGGCUUACCAAUAAAGGAUGGUAAAGGUCAUAUACCUUCAAAAGAAGAAUUGAAAUUGUUUAUAACUACUGUCCUCUUUACCUCAAGUGUGUCACAUGCACACGCCAACUUCCUUCAGUAUGAAGAAUAUGCGUUUCCUUCAAAUUAUCCAUCAAUGAUAAGGACUCCGUUGUUAAAAGACAAAACACCAAGAACAGAGGAGGAUAUCAUUGCAGCCCUGCCCGAUAAAGCUACGACUUUAGAUGUUAUGGCAAUUACAAACUUAUUGAGUGCGAAGACAACUAAAUCUUUAGGGGAUUUUGAAACGCAAUAUAUCUAUGAUCCGAAAGCUCUUGUAUGUGUCAGAGAAUUCCAGAAAAAUCUGAAAACUAUCAGUGGCGAAAUCAAAGCAAGAAAUAAGACCCUGAAAAAACCUUACAAAGUUCUUGACCCAGCCAACAUUCCUAAUGCUAUUAGUAUUUAAAAUUGGAGACACGGACGGACACACAUGCACACACACACACACACUCAUAUAUAUAUGUGUGUACGUUUGUAUGUACAAUAAGACACACAGAUGUAUACAUACAGAUUGCGGGUUUGCUAUUAUUUACAUUUUUUCUACAUUUCUCGUCAAUGGAGAAAGGGCGGGUUUCUAAAUUAGAUCCAAAGCUCCUUCUUUGGACCUUCAGCAGCAUCAACAGAGUAGUUAUCCAUGUUUGCAUUUUUAUGCGCAAGUUUUUAGACUCAGUGCAUGUACAUACAAAUCUGUAUACAUUUGUUUUAUGUUUGUAUACCCAUACAUGUGAUCUGUCUUUCUGGAUAUUUGAACAUGCAAUUGUAUGCUUGACUUUUGGGAAGUUUUACGUAUGCUGACAGUUCUAGUGAGGGCUCAUGUAUAUGCAUCUAUGGACCCCCAGAGAGAAGAUAAACUGUUUUUACUUCUAAUUUUUAUAAAUUUUUCUUAUAUUUGAUUACAUCGAAACCAGUAAUAUUUUCUUUAUUUAAUUUUUUUAAUCAUUUUUAUUAAAUUCUCUUUUAAAUUGAAAUGUCUUAGACUUACUUCUGUGCUGCUUCCACCUCUACCUUUUAUACAGAAAAAUUUUAUAUUGCAUGUAUAUGAACUCAUAAUCUGGAUGUAGAAGCUGGAUGUUUCGAAACAGUUGUCCAUAUUUAUUCUCUUUCUCUUUGAUUUUCGCAGGACAGCUGACCUCUAUGACCGUACAUAUCCGCAAAAAAGACUGUCCUGAAAUGAACUUAGAAAAUCCCUCUGUUAUGGAAUACACUCAUAAAUACCAACGAAAGAAAUACUGGUGGAAUAUUCCCGUAAAAACUUCAAUCAAAUGUAAGCAUAGCAGGCCAGAUAUUGUUGUUUGGGACAGAGGAGCAAAGGUGUGUACCAUCAUAGAGGUCGGCUGCCCUGCAGAUACAAAUAUCUCUUUGAAAAUAAAAAAAGAAGAGGAUAUCUAUGGACAACUGCUUCGAAAACUCCAGCUUGUAUAUCCAGACUAUGAAUUCAUAUUCAUACCAAUAAUUGGAGCACUAAGUUUUGUUAGUAAAUGCUUAAAGGAGAAUCUGGAUAAACUGGGAUUUUCAGGAAGAGAAAUCGACCGGCUAAUUCGUACAUUGCAAGUGCAAUCUGCGAGGGGAACAGUAAAGAUAUGCAAGACUUUUCUCAAGUUCCAAAUGUGAAGUUGUUUAUGUUUUAACUACAUCCCAAAGAUGGAGCCUUAUAUCUUUCUUUGUUGGAAACCGGCUCCCUCCUCAGUGGAAGAUUUAUAAUAAUAAAAAAUAGAAGAGACAUACAUACAUACAUACAUACAUACAUACAUACAUACAUACAUACUACAUACAUACAGACCAAAUAUUGUUGUUUAGGACAGAAAAUGUACGUGUUGUUUAUCUUUGAGCUUAACGUUUGACAGUGGGGAUUUACUGGUAUAUAUGCUGAACUGAUGUCGCUAGCGUGAAGAUUGGCCAUGUGGAACACUCGCCUAUCAGCGUUUAUCUGUUUACGCGUUUUAUGUUCUUGCGCCCCCUCUUUCUGUCCCUCUUACUUUCCUUCUUUCUUCCUUUCUCUCUCUCUCUCUCUCUCUCUCUCUCUCUCUCUCUUUCCUUUCUUGUCUGUCUCUCAAAAACUUUGAUGUACAAGCACACGAACACACAUUCUCACACACACACACGUUGACUCCUGGUUCAUAUAGACAUAAAUACAUAAAUAUGUAGAUUCACACAAAUGCAAAGCGUACAAGCACACACACACACACAGACACACAUACAUACAUACAUACAUACACACACACACACACACACACACAUAUACACACAGAUAUAUACACAUUCACACACAUACAUACACAUGCACACAAACGCACAGCGACUCUUUCUACCCUUGUACUUUUUUUUUUAAUCAGGUACUUAUUCUAUCGUUCGCUUUGGCUGAACCGCUACAUGACGGUAACAUUAACAGACCAACACCAGAUGUCAAGCGGUGGCGGACGACAAACACUGGCACAAACACACACACAUAUGUACGUCGGGCUUCUUUCAGUUUCCGUUUACCAAAUCCACUCGCAAUACUUUAAUCGGCCCGAUAUUAUAGUAGAAGACACAUGCCCAAGGUGCCACACAGUGAGACUGAACCAGGAACCAUUUGGGAGGCAGUCUUCCUACCACACAAGCACGCCUGCAUCGAUAAAACUUUUUGUAACAAAUCUUUUAAUACAUACAGACAGACAGACAGACAGACAGACAGACAAAAUUAAAUACCGAGUUCUUUCGAAAUUAAUUUAUUUACCAAAAUAUUUUUGCAACUGAUUGCUCAAUUGACUUCUUUGCUUCUGUAUUUAAUUACGACCCCCAAUAAUUUGACAAAUUGUAAAACUGUUACAGUAACUCCCUUAAAUUUUGUCAUCAGAUUUUCAUGCCUGCGUUUGCUUGAUUAACGUCCGACUUCUGUGCUGUUGUUUUUCGGCAAUUAUAAAUAAGAAUCAAUCAGGAAAAUACACAGCUAUAUCGCUUGUGUUUGUAAGUGUAUGUGUUCGUUAUCUGUGUCUGACUCCACAUCAAUUAAAAUCAAAAUGUAACAUGUUUUAUCCUUGAUUUUGUUUUCUAUUUUUUUCUCUUUUGAAUUAAGUAAAAUUUAAUGAAAAUAAAUUUCUCGCAAAAUUAA